UCCGCUGUCCCACUCACACCCUCUUGUCUAUUGGAUACAUGGUAACUCCCGUAGCAGCUGCAUUAUAUACGCUACAGCGGCUGUGACCAGCUGGCAGUGAGGUGCAGCGGGGAUCGGCCGAGUCUGGGGGAGAAUCCUUUGGAUACUGCAUCUUUUGGGGUGUUCCCAGCAAGCCAAGCAAGGACUGUUCCCCUGCAAACCCUGGGAGAUGGUGACAUAUGAAGUGUGUUGGAAGGACCAUGGUUGAGAGGACCAGCAAGUUUCUGCUGAUCUUGGUGGGGUCAGUGUUCUUCAUGCUGAUCUUGUACCAGUAUGUGGGGCCAGGGAUGAACCUAGGAUCCCCUAGCAGGUAUUACCAGGAGGACAUAGACCUCUUCCCCACCCCUGACCCACACUAUGUCAAGAAGUACUUCUUCCCAGUCAGGGAUCUGGACCGCUCCCUCACCUUUGAUAUGAAAGGGGACGAUGUCAUUGUAUUUUUGCACAUCCAGAAGACCGGGGGCACGACUUUUGGGAGACACUUGGUGCAGAACGUCAGGCUGGAGGUGCCUUGUGACUGUAGACCUGGCCAGAAGAAGUGUACCUGCUACAGACCCAACAGAAAGGAGACUUGGUUGUUUUCCAGAUUCUCCACUGGUUGGAGCUGUGGGCUCCACGCAGACUGGACAGAGCUCACAAGCUGUGUGCCAGGGGUACUGGACAAGAAGGAGACCUCCAUGAAAAUCAAAAGGAAAUUUUAUUACAUCACGUUACUGAGAGAUCCAGUUUCCAGAUACCUCAGUGAAUGGAGACAUGUGCAGAGAGGAGCCACUUGGAAGACUUCGCUCCAUAUGUGCGACGGGCGGACACCUACUCCUGAAGAGCUGCCAUCUUGCUAUGAAGGCACAGACUGGUCAGGGUGCACCUUACAGGAGUUUAUGGAGUGUCCCUAUAAUUUGGCCAAUAAUCGUCAAGUCAGGAUGCUGGCAGACCUCAGCCUUGUAGGGUGCUACAAUAUGUCUUUUUAUCCGGAUAACAAGCGAGCUCAGGUUCUUUUGGAAAGUGCCAAAAAGAACUUAAAAGACAUGGCAUUUUUUGGGCUCACAGAGUUCCAGAGAAAGACUCAGUAUCUUUUUGAGAGGACUUUCAACCUUAAGUUCAUCAGGCCGUUCAUGCAGUACAACAAUACACGGGCUGGUGGAGUUGAUUUGGACAAUGACACAAUCCAAAGGAUUGAGGAACUCAAUGACUUAGACAUGCAACUCUAUGACUAUGCAAAGGAUCUCUUCCAGCAGCGCUACCAGUUCAAAAGACAAAUGGAAAGGAUGGAGCAACGGAAGAAGAACAGGGAGGAGCGCCUUCUCCACCGCUCCAAUGAGGCAUUUUCCAAGGAAGAAGCAGAAGACCAAGUACGCUGGCCCACAGAAGAUUACAUGAGCCAUAUUAUAGAGAAGUGGUAGAUCAGAAUGGACUUUUAUACUACUAGGGUAAACUUGGGUUCACAUUUGUUAAUUCUGUAUUGUGUAAAAUCAUGACAGUUAAAAUGAGAACACUUUUUAUUUAAUAUCUGUAGCACACAGUUUAAUAUGUCCCCGAUGGUUCCUACUCUUAUGGAACUGAAAUCACCUAUUUAGUGUAGCAAAAAAAGAAGGGAUUGUGCAGAGUUGCCAAUGCAAUAACGUAGACACAUAGAGCAUUGCUAACUGUGUAUCUCUAUCACUAUCCCUCCCUGAAAGUCGAUGGUCAACAAAUAACAGUGAUAUGUUUAAUGGAUUCCGGUGGGAGCAUCUCCAAGUUUGUUCUUUUAUAUCGGGGAUUUUUCAUUGUUCUUUUUAAUACAAUUCUUUUUGUUUAGUUCUGAAUGUAUGACUUGCCCCUUGUCUUUUUUUUUUAAUCAUACGUCAUUACAUUUUCUUUUGAGUGGACCAAAAUUCCAUUUGUGUGCACGCUAAGAUGGGGUAUUUCAUACAAGUUACCCAGAUAAGUCAUCCUAGCAUAGCUAUACCCCUCGAGACCCAAUAUUAAGCCAGGGACCCCAUUAGCUCAUAACAAGAUUACAGACAUGGCAAUGUCACUGUGUCUCCAUUCUGUCAUAGUCUAGGACUAUGCAGGACAAGUGUUUUCCCCAAGCGUAACACUAACUUUCAAGGUUGGCUUCCAGGAGUAUUUCAGGGAGAAUAGAGGAAUUUUCCUCAAAACUAGUUUUUAGUCUGAGCUCCCUCCCUUUUAAGGUUGUGGACCAUACCAUACCAACUAAUGCUUUAGGGCCGUGACACACGGGAGAUUAGUCACGCCACGACAAAUUUCAGUUGUUGCGGGCGACUGAUCUCCUCGCAAUGCCAUCCCACCGGCUAGUGAACUUUGGGAGACCACCAUUGGCCUGAGGUGGUUAACUCUUGAGAAUUACUGCCGUAAAAUAUCAUCACAUGAUCAGCCAUCCCAAUUCUCUUAAGUUAUCCUGGAGAGGAUACCAGGUAUUGUUUGCCUUACAUGGGGAAGUGCUCAGACAAGCAUGUCCUUUGCCUUCAUUCAGCUGGUGAUGGGAUCACUACAUUGAUUCUUCUGUUGUGUAUUUGGACAUUCGUUAUGAGAUAUUUAAAAAAAUAUAUAUAUAUUUUUUUUACCUCCUCCUGCUUAUGCCCCAAAUAUUAUUAGUUAACACAUUCAUCUUUUUUUCUUUUUUUUUCUAAAUACAUAUCCUUGGCCUUGGACAAAAAGCCCCACAAAGCGAAAGUAAAGACAUAUUUUCUAUCUAGAAAUGGAGAGGGUUCCAGAUUAUGUAUACAGAAUAGAUCUUUAUGAACCAUGCAUACUUGUGUUUCCUUUCCCCAGCAGCCAAUUAAACAUAUCACUGUUGUCUGCAUUGCUACGACAGGACUGUGAGCGGAACAUAAGGCGCACUUCCAAGACUGGUACUUUACAGGGCGCACUGCUGUUUUUGUGGCAUAUAUGGGAAUAACAAGAAAAGCACUUAACUUCUCUGGGAUUUGUAACAAUGUGUUGGCAUUAUAUUGCAUUUUCAAACCCCAAUUUGGAUGGACUGUACUAAGUCAGCAAGACUGUGACCCCCACCCACCCCCCUACCCCAGGUCUGUGAGAUAUUCUGAUAACCAAGGUUCUAUUUAAAGAGACAACAAGCUAUUUGAUUCUAUUUGUGAUUUUUUUUUUCACUGUAUUCAACAAGCAAUGUGAAAUGUUUGCUCAUUACAAUAAAUCAAGAUAUUUUAAGUU